AUGAUUUCUUUUCAAUUAGGUGAAAAUGAAAUCCUUGAGACUCUAUACAAUAUUGCAAGCCAGAACAAGAUAUGGAGGUCUUAUAUAGGCAUGGGUUAUUACAACUGCUCAGUGCCUCACCCCAUUGCACGGAAUUUGUUGGAGAAUGCAGGAUGGGUUACCCAGUAUACUCCUUACCAACCUGAGGUCUCCCAGGGCAGGCUGGAGAGCCUGCUAAAUUACCAGACUAUGGUGUGCGAUAUCACAGGAAUGGAUGUGGCUAAUGCAUCUUUGCUGGAUGAGGGGACAGCUGCUGCAGAAGCCAUGCAGUUAUGUCACAGGCACAACAAAAGAAGGAAGUUUUAUGUAGAUGCCCGAUGCCACCCUCAAACUAUAGCAGUGGUCCAAACUAGAGCAAAUUAUACAGGUGUUAUUACUGAGCUCAAAUUACCCCAUGAGAUGGAUUUCAGUGGAAAGGAUGUCAGUGGAGUAUUAUUUCAGUAUCCGGACACUGAAGGCAAAGUGGAAGACUUCUCUGAACUUGUUGAAAGAGCUCAUAAAAAUGGGACUCUCGCCUGCUGUGCUACUGAUCUUCUGGCUCUCUGUAUUCUGAAGCCUCCUGGAGAGUUUGGGGUAGACGUUGUCCUGGGUAACUCACAGAGGUUUGGUGUGCCACUCUGCUAUGGGGGACCCCACGCGGCAUUCUUUGCUGUCAAGGAGAAUCUGGUGAGAAUGAUGCCGGGCAGAAUGGUGGGCGUUACGAGAGAUGCAAAUGGAAAGGAAGUGUUCCGCCUUGCUUUGCAAACACGGGAGCAGCAUAUCAGGAGGGAUAAGGCAACCAGCAACAUCUGCACAGCACAGGCUCUUCUGGCUAACAUGGCAGCCAUGUUUGGUGUAUACCAUGGGUCUGAUGGAUUAAGGCAUAUUGCAAGACGGGUACACAAUGCUACGCUAAUCUUGGCUGAGGGUCUCAGGCGAGCUGGUCAUAAGCUACAUCAUGAUCUGUUCUUUGAUACCUUGACGAUCACAUGUGGAUGCUCAGUCAAAGAGGUUUUGGACAGGGCAGCUCUUAGAAAGAUCAAUUUUCGGAUUUACAGUGAUGGCAGACUUGGAGUAUCGCUUGAUGAAACUGUAAAUGAGAAAGACCUAGAUGACAUAUUAUGGAUUUUUGGUUGUGAGUCUUCAGCUGAGCUAAUUGCUGAGGGUAUGGGCGAGGAAACCAAAGGCAUCCUUAGCACCCCAUUUAAGAGAACUUCUAAAUUCUUGACACAUCAGGUUUUCAACAGCUAUCACUCUGAGACAAAAAUUGUGCGGUACAUGAAAAGAUUAGAAAACAAAGAUAUUUCCCUUGUUCACAGCAUGAUUCCCUUGGGGUCCUGCACAAUGAAGCUCAAUAGUUCAGCUGAACUUACACCUAUUUCAUGGAAAGAAUUUGCCAACAUCCACCCUUUUGUGCCCCUGGAUCAAGCUCAAGGGUAUCAGCAGCUUUUCAAGGAUUUAGAGAAGGACCUAUGUGAGAUAACUGGCUAUGACAAAAUCUCCUUCCAACCAAACAGUGGAGCCCAAGGAGAGUACACAGGCUUGGCUGCAAUCAAAGCUUAUUUAAAUGCAAAAGGAGAACGUCAUAGAACUGUUUGCCUUAUUCCUAAAUCUGCUCAUGGUACAAAUCCAGCAAGUGCACAAAUGGCGGGGAUGAAGAUUCAGCCAAUUGAAGUGGAUAAAAAUGGCAGCAUUGAUAUCUCCCAUUUAAAAGCAAUGGUGGACAAGCACAAAGAGAAUUUGGCAGCCAUCAUGAUCACAUACCCUUCCACCAAUGGUGUGUUUGAAGAGGAGAUCGGAGAUGUGUGUGACCUGAUUCACAAACAUGGAGGCCAGGUUUACUUAGAUGGAGCAAAUAUGAAUGCCCAGGUGGGUCUGUGUCGUCCUGGAGAUUAUGGGUCUGAUGUCUCUCACUUAAACCUUCACAAAACCUUUUGCAUUCCCCAUGGAGGAGGAGGACCUGGAAUGGGACCAAUUGGAGUGAAGAAACAUUUGGCUCCCUACUUGCCUACCCACCCUGUCAUCAAAAUACAGCCGGACAAGGAUGCGUGUCCUUUGGGUACUGUCAGUGCUGCACCUUGGGGUUCCAGUGCUAUAUUGCCAAUUUCCUGGGUGUAUAUCAAGACAAUGGGAGCAAAGGGUCUCAAACAUGCUUCUGAGAUUGCUAUACUAAAUGCAAACUACAUGGCAAAGAGGCUAGAGAAGCACUACAAAAUCCUUUUCAGAGGAGCAAGAGGUUAUGUAGCCCAUGAAUUCAUUUUGGAUACGAGACCUUUCAAAAAAACAGCAAACAUUGAAGCUGUAGAUCUUGCUAAGAGACUUCAGGAUUACGGUUUUCAUGCUCCAACCAUGUCCUGGCCAGUGGCAGGGACGCUUAUGAUUGAACCAACAGAGUCUGAAGACAAGGCAGAGCUAGACAGAUUUUGUGAUGCGAUGAUCAGUAUUCGGCAGGAAAUUGCUGAAAUAGAGGAAGGCAGGAUGGACCCCCAAAUUAACCCUUUAAAG